UUCUUCUCCCAACUGAAGGUUUGCACUCUUCAACCUCAGAGCCAUUGCUAUGGUGGUAGCUUUACCGUAGCUCCCGUUGUCCGCGUUCUCUCUGCCCGAGACAAUCACGUGGUAGAAGUUUUAAUACCAGAACAAGCGCGUAUCAGCAAAUUAGUAAACAAAAUGUUAAAAAUUGGUAUAUUCUUCCUGGUCUGCCUGCCAUUUCUUCAAAUCGCGAGAUCUGAUGACAUCAUAGAUGCGUUUUGUGAAACCGAUCAUGAUUGUGAGACGUUCCGGACCAGCGCGGUCAAUGCCACGUGCAUCAAUGGAUCCUGCGAGUGCGUGGAAGUGUCUAGUGGUAACUGUACCAGUUGUAAGCCAGUGGUUUUCAAAUCGGCCAACCAGAUCGGUGGCCAGUGUCCAUGUCACGCGGAAAACUCCGUCUGCAGUGAAAAAACACAGCUCUGUGUUUGCAUGGAUGGCUACCAGCCGAGCCGAGGAGGGAAAAAAUGUAUCGAGAAGUUCGUUCCACUUGGGAAGCCUUGCGAGAUUGAUGAACAAUGCUUAAGAAUGGACCAUUUUUCAGUGUGCGACCCGGUUGAGCUGAAUUGUACCUGUUCCCGUCAUUUUGUGUCAUAUGAACACAAGUGCCAUUCGAUUAUCGCGAUCGCUACCAAUGUCACAUGCACUCAGCCCUCCGACUGCUCUAACCAAACAGCCAACUCCAUUUGCUAUGAGAGUCAAUGUAUCUGCGAUACAGGCUUCGUAGCCAAUGAUGAGAACACAACAUGCUUGGCGAUUUCCAAUUACGAGCAGGCUUGCAUUGAUACGAAUCAGUGCAUCGCACAGCUCGGUGUUGGAUCGGUUUGUAACGCGGGCAAGUGUGUAUGUAACGAGCAGCACUUUCCGUUUCCGAUCCAUUCACACGAUGCUAUAGCGGCGCAGAACAGUAUACGCGUGAUUUGCAAGAGGAAAGUCGUGCAUGGUGCAAGCUGCAAUGACGAUAAAGACUGCUACGCGUUCCAUCAAGGACCCCACGAGCAGACAAUGGAAUGCUUCAUGGGUGAGUGCGUCUGCUCCUCAGGGUUCACCGUAAAGGACAACAUAUGUAUAAGCAACAGUGGCUCGUCAAUCAAACACGGUUCAUGCCUGUUGACAGCGCUGUUAUUUAUUUUGUUUGCCACCCAUGCACAGUAACCGAAGUUACUCGCCAUCGCUCACUCACCAAUUAGUGUUUUGAUAUUCAUGUUUGUUAAUAAAAAAAAUUACAUACAUAA